CUCGAAUUGAUUCGCCGUCUCAAUGCUCAUAUGGCGAGGUUCUGGUGGGGAGCAACCCAACAUCAUCGUCGAAUCCAUUGGCGAGCUUGGAAAUCCCUUUGUCUAAGUAAGUUUGAUGGAGGGUUGGGUUUUCGAGAGUUUGGUUGCUUUAACCAGGCAUUGUUGGCGAAAGUUGCUUGGAGGGUUGUCCAUGAUCCUACUUCUCUUAUUGCCCGGAUCUAUCGAGGGAAGUAUUUUGCCGUUUCAGGAGAUUUCUUGUCGGCAGGAGUGGGUUCGAAUCCAUCUUGGGGGUGGCGGAGCAUAUUAUUUGGUAGGGAUCUUUUGGUUCAGGGUAUCCGUUGGCAGGUGGGGAAUGGGUUUUCAAUCCGAGCUUGUGUUGAUCCUUGGCUUCCUACCUCUCCUCCUUCGAGCCCUCUCCUUCGUCCAGCACUCGAUUCCGGAUGAACUUAUUUGGCAGCCAGAGCCUUCAGGGCAAUUUACGGUGAAGUCGGCCUAUCAUUUAGCUUUUUCAUUGCACCGUACUCCUCCAAAGAAGGCUGGUGUGGAUAUUGUUGAUUGUGGAAUGUGGAAAUGGCUCUGGAUCAGGAAAGUUCCCCCUAAACUAAAAUUUUUCAUGUGGCAAUGUCUUCACCGAAUUCUUCCGACUCGAGAGGCUUUAGCUUUGCGCGGCAUGGACAUUAUUCCUAUUUGUCCGGUUUGUGGGAAGAAGGAAGAGACCCUGGAACAUCUCUUCUUCCUCUGUUCCGUGGCUAGACGUCUUUGGCGUAAGAUUGGCUUCAAUGAUCAUCUUCGUUCUUGG